ACCAUUUGUGUCUAUAGCAUAUCUUCUCCGUAAAUUUUCUCCGCCUAGGGUUUUGCUGAGCGCCUGAGGCUUUCACCUUUGGCGGACAACAAAGGAAGGUUUUGGCAUGUACUCGAAGUUGAAUUUGAAAACUCGGAAUGUGUUUGAAGGUUGAUUCGGGAGGAGGGCUCUCAGGGUUUUCUUAUCAUCUUGCUUGUUAAUCAAGAUGGAAACUCGUGAGGACUACUUUAAUUGGCUUGACUUUGAUGUGAUAAUGGUGAUUCUGAUGUGCUUGGGAGAUCCUGCAGAUUUCAUUCGAGUCAGCUCUUUGUCGCGCUUUUGGUACAACUUUGUGAUUGCAAAUGGACUUUGUAAGAAACUGUGCUUGAGAAUGUUUCCUCAAUUAUCUGCUGUUGACUCUGUUGUUGAAGGAGGCAAUAGACGGAGAAAUCCUAUAGAUGUCGGAUCUUGCAAUUCUGCAGAGUGGGAAAGUUUGGAGAGGGAGCACAGAGCCUUUGCCUUUCUGGCUCGACAGUGUAAAACAUUGCCAGCAACAAGUUGCAUUGCAGAUGCAGUUUGUGCUUCCAGCACUGAUAAUUAUCCAUUUGAAAGCAUUGUUAAUACUCUAGAACGAGGAGAUAGAGUUGGACCUAGAGCUUCAUACUGGUCUAGUAAAGGACAAAGGGAUCAUACAGUGCCUGAGACACUGGUUUAUAAAUUAGAUGCUGUUUUUUGUUUUAUUACUGAAAUCAAUGUUCAACCUUUCCAAGCGUUUUUUCAGCCAGGUGAUCCUAUAUAUGCGGCCAAAUCUGUACGAUUCCGAGUUGGUCAUCCCAAGUCCCCUUCUCCUCUGGAUAUUUUGCUCCAGAAAGCUAUUCAAAGGAACAUACGGACUGACACUUCAGAAGGGUUCCCAAUGGCUCAACCUGUGGAUAUUCUACAUCAGGAAGCUCCUGAGGAUGGGUUCAUAUGGACUUGGACUUCACAAGAGUUCCCAAUGGCUCAGGAAAAUCGCUUGCAGAAGUUCAAGCUACCAAAGCCUGUACUCUGCUUUGGUGGAAUUGUGCAGAUUGAGCUGUUGGGUAGGGUUCAGAGACAAGAAAUGGAUGGCUUGUUCUAUAUAUGUGUGUCACAUGUUGAAGUGAUUGGCGGGAGGCUUUUUCCUGGAUUUGACAUUGAAAUCCUUGAACCUUCUGGGAAGAUUGUGUUGAAGUACUUUCCAAAUCUUUCCCCAAUACGCAUACGCCACCCUACGGCUCAGCCAUUUUUAAUACCUAGGUUGCCUCUUCUCCGUGGAGGUUUGAUGCAGGGUCCUCUCAGGGCUUUUGGAAGGAUGCCACACCUUUUUCAGCGUAUUAGGCAGCAAGAUGAAUCUGAUGAUCCUGGAUCUCAGCAGCAUGAACCUGAACCCACCUAGUUUUUCUGUUUUGUGUUGCAGAAUUGGUAUCAUAUAUCAUAUAUGAAAUAAAGUGAACAGUUCUCAGUUGUAGUUUUUUUUGUAUGCUAAGCCACUGGACAAUAUGUCUAAGUUAAAGAGUUUGGUCAUGUGCCCGGAAAAUCCAUCUGAACUUUUAUGCUUUUUCA